AUGUCGCUAUCUCUCGACUCAUUACCACCAGAAGUCCUCCUCCGCAUCCUCUUCUUCCUGGAAAUUCCCGAUCUGCUCCAAGUGAGUCGCACAUGCCAUGUGCUGCGUGAGAUCGCUUGCGACCCUCUCCUUCAUCUCCAGCGACUGCACCAUGCUUCCCAUACGCUAUCCAUCCUGUUGGCCCGACGGCCGUCCAGGUCCGCCAUUAGUCCUCCUAAUUCAUGGAUAUGGCUAAGCAAGACCAAUGUUCUCUCGCGCCAAAUCAGCAAGAGUUUGAUACGCAUCCGGCUGAGUCAUAACCUCGAACACAGGCCAAGUCCGUAUGAUUUGGUACAAAGGGCGAUCCUCCCAUCUACGUGCACCAACUAUUCCUCGCCGGUCUCGCCGGUCCUGAUACAGUCACAACAGGCCGUACAAAGGAACAAACUGAAGGAUGGAUUGGGUCGCAAGCUAGAGCGACGGCCGAGCAUGAGCAGUCUGGUGUCUCUCAAUAUCAUGCCUGAAGAGUGCGUGCGCCACAGCGUCUCGCCUGCCAUCGUGGCUACGAGGCGGAAAGUGAUUAGAGAGAGCUUGAAGGACGGGCUUCGCGCGUGGGUUGAAGGGCGCGCCAUACAAGCACAGAAGAGGAAAGCAGACGAGAUGGAGGCUACGGAAAAGAUCACGGUAAAGAGCCUGGUGAGGAGGUUCGCCGCCAGGAAGGUCGCAGUGGACAUGGAGAGCAGCCGAGUACGUCGUCUUGAUCCAGUCAUGCUAGAGAAGAGGAGGGCUCAAGCGAGAUGGGGCAGAGAGGUAGAGCUUGCAAAGAUGGACGAAGAAAGACGAGCUGCGACUCAUGGUGCUUGUGCUCAGCCGACGAGAGCGCAUGUCCUGGGGCUCAAAAGGUUCUGGGAGGGGGUCAUCAGGGCGGCUGCUGGAUGA